GGGCGCGGCCCCCGGCGGCCGCUCCGCCCGCGCCCCGCGGGACCGGACCCUCGGCGGGAGCGCGCAGCCGAGUCCAGUGUGAUUCCUACCCUGAAGAAAACCCAUCAGUGGUGAUGCUGCAGCAGAGGUCUCACGUGAGGGCCCUCGAUGGGAAGGGCAGCCCUCCACUUCUGUAGCUGAUGGGAGAGGACAACAGUUUGGUGACAGGAGCUACCAAGAGCUGGCAGGAUGAGUUACAGCCCACCCUCUGUGCAUGACUUGGAUCACAGCACCCCCACCACGGCCAAGCCAGGCCCAGGGACAGCUAUGGAUGUGACUGUACCACAGACACCCACCAUAAGCCCUGAGACUACCAGCUUCAACAGCACCAAAAUCCCAGAUGUGGCCAGCACUGCGCCUGGCAUGAGCACCAUGCUGCUUUCCUUUGGGAUCAUUACUGUGAUUGGGUUGGCUGUAGCAAUGGUUCUGUAUAUCAGGAAGAGGAAGAGGUUGGAGAAGCUACGGCACCAGCUCAUGCCCAUGUACAACUUUGAUCCCACCGAGGAACAGGACGAGCUGGAGCAGGAGCUGCUGGAACAUGGGCGGGAUGCAGCAUCUUCCCAGGCAUCACAGAGCAAGGUGCUGCUGCCGAGUCAGGGAGCCCCGCAGAGACCCAGCCGCCUCGUGUUCACCGACGUGGCCAACGCCAUCAAUGCAUGACCAGGCCCCGCCCUGCUCCCGGAGCCUGCUGAGAACGAGGAGGAAGAAGCCAACAAAGCAGUGACUUCCCUCAAGCAUGGCUGAUCCAAUGAGCCCAGCCGGUCACCUGUUGGUUUGUGUUACAAACGGGCACAGGGGGUGCCACUGCUCUGGGAAGCAAAGCCUUUGUAAGGGCAGUGGUGAUUUUCUGGUGUGUGUGUUAACCACUGCAAGGUGCUGAGCUCCAGUUGCUGGGCUGGCACUGCCUGGCACCACCUACCAAGCUUUGUGGUUAGAACAGUGCCUGCUUCGUGUAGAUUAGUCUGUCAGAGCACAGCUCCGUGCUCUCUGGUCAGGGAAGGAGAUGGGUGCACAUUUCAGAGACCUUCUCCACUGGCUGUGUGUGCCCAGGCCCCGAGGAAAGCGAUGGCUGAGUCUGUGCAGUGAGCACGGCUCUGGCCCGUCCUGGGCAGGGACUGGUGGCAAAGCCUCUGAGCCAGGAGAGCUGCCUGCCCCAGCUGAGGGUGACCUGGGGCACAGCAGGGACAACACAACCGCGGGAUUGUCCCCUCCCAGGCCUGUGGCUGCUGAUAAACACGCACCAGGGUGAUGUUGAAGCAUGGGGAAUUCAGUGGCUUUAAAAAGUGAAACAGUGAACAUAUGGGUGAUAACAUGUUAACUGAGGAAGUGGCUGAGUAUCCCAAAUUAGAGCUACUGUAUGGACAGAGAAUAUUUCACACAGCUACAGGCUGGGACUGUCACUGUCUGGCUCUGUGAGCCCUGCUGCUGAGCUAGGGAUAACAGUGCUUGGCCCACAGAGAGGAGUUGAGCAGAACUAGGGUUCCAAUGCCAUUUAUCCCCUCCUGCUUUGGCUCAGGGAAGUUUCUACAGUGCAGAGUGUUAACCAGGAAAAAAAGAUUAAGCUUUAAAAUACUUUCUUUUAAAAAAGGAAAAACGUGUAUUGGCUCAACAACAGCCCAAUGCAUGCCCCCUGAGAUGACUAACAGCUGGUUUGUACUUCCUUACCUGCCAGGAGCUGCAGUCAGAGCCUUCUCUUCUUCCUGCUGAAGGGAACACAGAGCUUUGCAUUAGCCUCUGCUCCAGUUACCUGCUAGGAACAGGUAGGUGGGACUAGACAGGUAAGCCAGGGGUUUCCCUGUAGCAUCUCGCUGCCUGUGCAUCCUUCAGGGCUGCUGGAGGAAGAGAGUGCAAAGGGGUCUCUGCCCAGCCAGGCUCUGAUCAGCUCCUGUUCUUUGCGUGGUUACAGGCAUUUGUCAAUCCAGUUUUAUUCCAUCCACAGCACCAGGUAAAAGGGAAUCUGGCAAGCCAAAAUCUGAAUGCAGAUCUAAAGCUUUAUGCAAGUUGUUUCAGAGUGGCAAUUCAGGUAUCAUGUGCUUUGUUUCAAGUUUGGAGCUGCCAGUUAGUUUUUGUUCUCCCAACUACUUUCUUUUCUUCCCCUGUGUGAUUGUUUUUCCCACAGUCAUUAAAUGCAGACUCUUUCCUGGGUCCUUUUCCUGGCUCCUGCAGGGCACAGCUCCUUACCUGCAUUCCCACUUCCCCUGACACAGCUUCCCACAGGGCUAAAUUGCUUUAGAUUUCCAGUAUCCAGAUGUCUUUUUAGAACUAGGGGGUUCUGGGAGUACCUUAGGGGGGUUGGAGCUGGAAAACAGCCCAGUCCUCAUGGCCAGGGGAUGUGGCAGGAGGCAGUCCCAGGCUGCUGCUGCUGCUGUUUGUCCCCAGGGAUGCUGCUGGAAGGAAGGUGCAUGGGUACAAACACUCAGUGUAAUGCAGAUUAGGUCCUUAGAAUUUGGAGUCUGUCUGUGGGUAUUCCCAGGGAUCAGCUGGGACACAAACACCUCCCAACACGCACAUGUCUCAGCUCCUGCAGGUGUUUACUGAGAGCAGCCACACAUCUGAUUUCUCCUUUCACUGCCUGCCCCCUUUCCCUGCUCUGCAGCAGUACAGGGUUGCAGUGGCAGUAGGAGAGUCCAGCUGUCUUAAAUUGCAGCAUUUUCCCCAGAACUCUUAGGACUGGAAGUUCAGUGGUUGUUUUAAACUCAACAAAAGGCAAGCAUGAGCUGAGCUGUUUCCUCAAUGCCUCAGCCCAGUGUGCUGCAGCACAACAACAAACUCACCUACAGAGGAAUUCUUUGAAGCAUUCUCCCUGUGAUGGUAGGCUUUGUCCUGUGAUGACUGCCCUUAGAGUAAAGAAGUACAGAUAAUGACUAAAAGAAUAUUAUGGGUAAUUGCUGGGCUCGGACUGGAGUAUUCUUUUAGUUGCAUAGCACCUCCUCUCACAGUUCUUGGCUGUAUAGUAGCAGAAGCAUUAUGAUGUAAUUUAAUUCAAGUGUUUCUGUGUUUUAAAGCAUUGAAAUAUAAUUAAACUGUUUACAUGAAA